AUGUGCCGUGACUGCGUUGACAGGGGAAGAGUGUGCGCGGCGUCUUUGUCGGCCCUCGUCUUUGAUGGCUGCGCGGGCGCCGGUAGCAAUCACUUCGAGUGCAAGUUUACGAGCAACCACGGGUUUUAUUAUCAGCCUGCCAGCUUCACUAAACGUGAAUGGCCAUUAGCUGAAAUUCUAAUGCGAGAUGAAAAACACGGAGUAGACACGAAGUUGGAAAACAAGGGAAUGGGGGAAAAGAGGCGGUUGAAACAGCGGAUAAUCACGUUAGCCGCGCUUCGAAUAAGUGAUGUGGGCCCGGUGCAGCGUCCCAAUGAGAUUGCGGUGUUUUUCCAUGCUCCAGAGACAAACAAGGGAUGCAAAUUCGUGUUGACACCGCGAUCCAUCUUGUUCGGUUCUCCCGAGGCCGGUACCAGAACGACUGCUGUGAUUGAGACGGUGCUCUUUGUUUGUUAG